UGAUUGAAAGAAAAUCCCGAAGUUGAAGGUGGCUUGCGGUUCUGUCCGGUAGCUCUGGGCCAUGGAUAAAGUUUGGUUCCCGGGACUGCGCCUUUGCCUGUCGUUUCUGGCAGGCGUUGUCCCGAAUACCGUCGUUGCACAGCACAAUCUUUGGUACAACUUCACGGUGAUGGCCCAAGAUGGAUCUGUGCAGCCGACCUUUUUUGCUGAGGGACGCUUGGAUGGCCAGGCCUUCCUGCGCCGUGACUGUAAAAGAGGCAUAGUUGAGCCCCAGGGACUGUGGGCAAAAAACCUGAGCACUGAGACAUGGCUUAAAGAGACCAAGGACUUGAAAGAGAAAGGAGAGGACCUCAGGAAGUGUCUUGGAGAAAUCCUGGGCCUGCAGAAGGAGAAAGGAGGCUUGCAUUCCCUCCAGGAAAUUGUGAGCUGUGAGAUGGGAGAAGACAGCCACCCCAGGGGCGUCAGGCGUCUCUACUACGAUGGGGAGCUCCUCUUCUCCUGCGGCCGGGAGACCCACGGAUGCACCGUGCCCCAGGCCUCGGCUCAGACCUUGGCCCUGGAAAUGGAGAAGACGUGGGACAUGGACGAGCUAAGCAGACAAUAUUGGGCCCACGUGCGGGGAGAGCUUUGUGCAAAACUGCAGGGCUAUCUGAAAUCCUGGACCAGCUUCACAGAGAGGACAGUGCCCCCAGCAGUGACGGUGACCUGCACUCAGGCCUUGGAGGGCACAGACAACCUCACAUGCCAGGCCACCGGCUUCUCUCCCCAGAAUAUCUCAGUGGCCUGGUAUCACAAUGAGAAAGCUGUGAGCCCGGACACCCAGCAGUCUGGGGGUGUCCUGCGUGAUGGGAAUGGGACCUACUGGGCCAGGGUGACCCUAAGGGUCCCCCAAGGAGAGGUGCAGAGUUUCUCGUGCCACGUGGAACAUGGCGGGAAUCACAGUGUCCACGCCGUGCCCUGCGGAAAGGCUCCAGGGCGCCAGCAUCGAUGGUGGAUCAUUUUGGGUGCUCUGGCUCUAGUUAUUUUCAUCGUGACCUGGUUCUGUUCUUACACGAAGAUGACCCCAUUAGCUUUGAGGCACCGAGAGUCCAUUGAGCUCGAAGACCUACAACAAAGUCAGGUGCUAACUAGAACGGCUUCACACCAGAGACCAGUGUUCCAACCUGGAGCCGUCAGUUCACCUGAAGGAGCUUAGAUUAUGUAGCCAGGAGGCUUGAAUUCAACUCCCUGUUCUGGCCUUUUUGUCACUUUUCUUGUGUGU